AUGUUGCUCGUCAGGGAGACACUUUUGCAGAGCGCGUUUAUCCAGCUAAUCCUUGCACUGAUAGUCAAACUUAUAUUAACAAUAUUCACGUUUGGUAUCAAAGUUCCGGCCGGUCUUUUCGUUCCAAGUCUUGCCAUGGGUGCUAUUGCUGGUCGCUUGCUUGGAAUCACCGUCGAGGGAAUUGCUGCCUCGCUGCAGAAGAGUGCUGAAGCGCAUAGUAACAUUUGGGCUUGUCAAGUUGGUAAGGAUUGCGUAAUGCCUGGACUUUAUGCAAUGGUCGGUGCUGCUGCUGUUCUCGGUGGAGUUACACGGAUGACCGUUUCGCUUGUUGUUAUAAUGUUCGAACUAACAGGAAGUCUCGAAUUUAUUGUUCCAACAAUGGUUGCAACGAUGUUCGCAAAGUGGAUUGGCGAUGCAAUUUACAAAAUGGGCAUUUAUGAUGCUCAUAUCGAUCUGAACGGUUAUCCGUUUUUGGACAAUAAGGGCGAAUAUCCAUAUUCAACUGUUGCCAUACAAGUAAUGAAGCCUGGGCCAGGUUCGCUUUCCCAGUAUUUAUGCAAUCUUAUAAAAGGGCAUAAUGUAUGA